AUGAUAAAUUUACAUGAAGUACCUCCGGAACCAAUAGAACCCAGUAGUCUCUCUCACUAUGAUGAUAUAUAUACCCCCAAAGGAGAUGGUAAUUCUAAUAGAGAAAAAAGGAUAUUUGGCAUUCCUUACCCAGUUUCCAGGAGGUCGUGUCAAAGACUCCUUUGGAACUGCCAAAUGAUUUCGGUUCUGCCCAUGGCAUUGUAUUUCCCAUUACAUGCAGCAAAUACUUUGAUCACGCCAGCGAUAUCUCCUGAUUCGGCUCCUGAUGAAGUUCUAAUGAUGGUGAGAGAGAUUUUACCGUCCGUGACUACUAAACUGCUAGUUGCAGGUAUUACUCUUCAUGUUUCCGCUGGCAUUUUGCUUCGUAUCGUGAAGAACUGGAACAAACCAUCUAGAAAUAAACGUCAUCAUUUAAAGAUAACUCCAAAGCAAGAUCUUUCGCAAGAUGCAAUAGGUCUGACUGGGGGAAUUUCUGGUUAUUUAUUCGGAUUGUAUAAGAACUUCCGCUUUCCUCCACAAGUGGUUAGUGGAUAUAUUCUUGUUCCCGUUCUGAUAUAUCAUUUACUGAUUAUGAAAUGGAUACCAAAUUCUAUCUCUAGUGAGGUAGAUUUUGCCUCUAUAAAACAACUACUGUCUAGCAAGAACAAGUGGUGGAAAUGGGUAGGGGGUUUGGUGCCGUUGGCCAUUCUUCUCCAAUCAAGCGUAUACCACAUUGGUUCGGGGUUCUGUCGCUAUUUCGGUGUUGAAAAAAUGAGCAGUAGGAAGAAAUGGUCCACUGCUAUCAAUGUAUUGACACUUACUGGAUUUGUUUCUCUGAUUAGAUUGAUGAGAGCGGAUUCCACAAGACUAAGUCCCAACCAAUUUCAAGGCAUUUUCAAAAAGAUUGGAUUGCUGUUGUACAGAAGGUAG